UUUCAUCGCACAUGCGCGCCACUGUGUCACUAGCCGCCCCGCGACCGAAGAAGCGCUGUGAUGGCGCACUCGCGCCCACACAAGAGUCAACUCGUGGCAACUCAAAGCCAACAGAAUGCAGAACUUCAUUGCGAAUUUCGGCAUGGCAUCGCCUAAGAUCCCGUCCGCCGACAGGUGGUCUGCAUCGAGGCCAGCGGGCAGCGCAAGGAACAUAAUUAGAUCGGAGCAGGGCGAAUUGAAUCGGUCCCCCUUGAAUCAGUCCCCAGACCCCUCUCGGGGUCCGAACGCACCAAUUUUUCGAGCUGCGUCCAGCCGGGGGUGGCGAGGGGCCCCCCCAAAGGCCAACAACUGGUGGCUCAACUCACCCUGCCCUGCAUCGAACUCGAGAAAGCCAGCCCACACCAUCACUCGGCGGUGAGCCCCAGGGGGAACAAAUUAGAAGGGGCAGGCCGUCUCAAAGGAGGAAGAGGAGAAGGGAGGAGGGAGGAGGGAGCACGGGUCGCCGGUGCGCGGGAGGCCACGGGGUGCCGGCACUCGGCUGGGGCGCUGGGCGCUGGAGAUCUCGAGGACCCGGCUGCCCCGGGACGCCACACGCAGCACGCAGCGUGCCGGCACGGAGCUCAGCACGCAGGCGGGGCACGCAGGUCCAGCUCUGGCGCGAAGGGUUCGCCAGAGCGUGGGCCACCCCGCGCGCCGAGCCAGCACGCAACGUGUUGGCACGGUCAUUUUGAGCACGGUGGGUGCUGCGCUUCAGCGCGGGCGUACCAGGGCAGCCGAGUACCCAGAAGGAAUGCAGUGGAGACGAGCCUCGCACAGCCGCUUAGGGCGUGGGAGGAUCACG